AUGUCUUCGGAAAAGAUCACUGAUUCUGUCCACUCCAUUUCUGGAAAAAGUAUUCAGGAACCAGCGGUUGCAAAAUCUACUGCAAUUUCUACUAAUUCUGGUUCCAACAAACUUGAAUCAGAAUCCGAAAAUGCUCAAAAUGCAUCAGAAUCAGAAACAGAGCUUCAUUUGGUGAGCUCCGACACCUCCACAGAGUAUGUAAAGUCAAGAGGAGUGAGAAGAAUUGAAAAUGUCAAGGUAAUGAUGAGCUCGGCCAAGAAUGGAAAAAUCAUCACCAUUGCUUUCUGUACAUGUCUCUUGGUAAUUGCUUGGGUUUUGUCAUUAGACGGGUCUACUACCAGCAAUUAUUCUGUUCCAGCGACUUCGAGUUUCAGUAGACAUUCGAUGAUAUCCACUGUCAAUAUCGCUACCCUGAUUAUUGGCUCUGUUGUGCAACCUUUUCAGGCAAAGUUUUCCGAUAUUACUUCAAGACCAAUCUGUUUUGGAGUUUCUUUGCUCUUUUAUACAGUUGGUACCGUUAUCGCAGCUUCGUCUUCUACCAUUGGAGCUUAUGUGGUGGGUUCAGUACUUACUACCGUAGGUUCCAAUGGAGUGUCUUUCUUGAAAGAUGUGAUUGUAGCUGACUUGACCGACUUGAAAUGGAGAGGAGUUGUUAAUGGAAUCAUGACUAGUCCAUACCUUAUCAAUAUUUGGUUUUCCGGGUUGAUUGUGGAAGCCAUUUUGAAACGCAAUUGGCGGUGGGGUUACGGUAUGUUUGCCAUUAUUAUGCCAGUAGUGGUUUUGCCAGCAAUUGGUGUAAUGUACCAUUUUGAGAACAAGGCACAAAAAUACGUACCCAAAGUUGUCAGACCAAAGAAGACUCUUCAAAAGAUUAUUUGGGAUUCUGCCAUUGAAAUUGAUGCCUUGGGUUUACUUCUUUUAGGUUUCGGAUGGUCGUUGCUCUUGUUACCAUUUUCUUUGUACACUUACGCCCAAGAUGGCUGGAAGAAUCCCAGUCUCAUUGCUAUGCUUGUUGUUGGACCAUUAUUGUUGAUCAUUUUUGUGUUUUAUGAAAUCUUUUGGGCUCCUUUUCCUUCAAUGCCAAAAAGAAUCAUCAAGAAUAAGACUUUCAUAACCUGUAUCAUCAUCAACUUCAUCUACAUGUUGGCAGAUGGAAUCAGACUGCAGUAUUUGUCAACUAUCGUGUGGAUUGCCAAAGACUGGUCUGACCAAAAUUGGACCUACUUUAAUAAUACCUUGACCAUGUCGUUGUGUUUCUUUGGUAUUGUCGCUGGAAUCACUUGCAGAAUCACCCACCGUUACAAGUACAUGCAAUCGUUUGGAAUCUUGAUCAGAUGCGUAUCUUACUGUCUUCCUCUUCGCGCACAAGGAACCACAGCUAAUACUGGUCUGUAUGUCAUGUGUCAGGUAUUGAUGGGUUUUGGUUCGGCAUACUCCACCAUUGGUACCCAAAUCUCGUCCCAGGCAUCUGUACCUCAUCAAGACUUGUCGUUGGUAAUGUCUUUAUUACUUCUUUGGUCAACAGUAGGAAGUGCUAUUGGGUACACCAUUUCUGCUCCAAUUUGGUCGUCAAAGUUGCCUGGUUACUUGAGAAGAUUUAUCCCUGAUACCUAUAGUGAUGAAGAAGUGUUUGGGUUCUAUUCUGACGUUAGUUCGUUGCGUGCAUUACCUUAUGAUUCUGAUGCAAGACAAGGUGCCAUCAAAGCAUAUUCGUAUGUUGCAGUUUACAUGUUUGCACCUCCAAUUGCUUUGGAAUUUCUCAAUUUCCUCAUCAGUUUCAUGCAAACCAACUACUACUUGGGCGAUACUCACAAUGCCAUAGAGGGCCAGAACGGAAAGGACCCAACCAAGCCCGAUCAGGAAAAGUACGAGCCUAAAACAACAAAGGAAAAGAUAUUGUAUCUCUUCCGCUAA